UCCCCGCUCGCUCUUCCCCGCUGCGCAGAGCACCGCUCGGGCACGGGGGCGAUGGGGAGCCAGCGCUGCUUCGCCAACCGCUUCGAUGAUUACCCGGGGAGCCCGGCGGCCGCGCCGGACAAAGAGGCGACGGUACCGCUGGUGACGGCCACCAUCGAGCGCAUCCUGCGGGAGCUGCCGCCCCUCGGGGGCCCCCGCGGGUGCCAGGGAGGGCUGUACGGCGGCGUGGCCGGCGUGGCCUAUAUGCUUUACCACGUCUCGCAGUGCCCGCUGUUCGCCCCGUCGCGGGAUGCUUACCUGCGGGCGGCGCGCCGCGUGGUGGACGCCUGCCUGCGCUACCAGGAGGAGGGCGGCGGCGAGGCGGAUGCCGACACCCGCGCCGCUUUCCUGCUGGGAGGCGCGGGGGUGUACGCCGUGGCAGCCCUGGUGUACCGAGCCUCGGGGAUGCCCGAUUUCGCCCGCCCGCUCGGCAAAUUCCGGGAGCUGAGCGAGGUGUGCGCGCCGCUCUCCUUCCUCGAGUGCGGCUCCGACGAGCUCUUCGUCGGCCGCGCCGGGUACCUGUGCGCCGCCCUGGUGCUCAAGCAGCGGCUGGGCAUGGAGGUGCUGACCCCAGCACAAAUAAAAUCAAUUUGCCUGGCCAUACUAGAAUCAGGAAAACAGUAUGCAGUGAAGAAGAGGAAACCAUUCCCACUUAUGUAUUCCUACUAUGGAACAGAAUAUCUUGGUGCAGCACAUGGCCUUUCAUCAAUCCUUCAGAUGUUGCUUUCCUAUUACGAGUACCUGCAGCCAGCAGAUCAGGAGCUUGUAUGGCAGAGUGUUGAUUUUCUUAUGGACCAAGAGCAGAACAGCAACUGGCCUCCUGAGCUGGGAGAGACAAUUGAGCGGGAGAAUGAGCUUGUACACUGGUGUCAUGGAGCUCCAGGCAUUGCAUACCUGUUUGCUAAAGCUUACCUGGUUUCCAAGAAGCCUCAGUAUCUGGACACUUGUAUCCGCUGUGGAGAGCUAACUUGGCAGAAAGGCCUAUUGAAGAAGGGACCUGGAAUAUGCCAUGGAGUGGCUGGUAGUGCUUAUGUGUUCCUGCUGCUGUAUAGGCUCACUGGAAAUUCAAAAUACAUAUACAGGGCACAAAGGUUUGCAGAGUUCUUAUUUACAGAAGAAUUUAAAGCUGGUUCCCGGGCCUUAGAAAGUGUAUAUAGUCUGUAUGAAGGCUUCUCGGGAACCGUGUGUUUCCUGACUGACUUGCUGCAACCCAACCAAGCUGAGUUUCCUCUCUUCAGUGUCUUUGUCUAGAGAGAAACAUUCUCCAAGGCCACAUCCUAGUGGCAAUGGGAAAGGGCGCUGCGGUUUCACUUAUUUUUCAAGAAAGGCUAUUUACAAAAAAAGCCAGUGGUACCACUAACGCUAGCCUUAACAUAGCUGGGAGUCAGAUGAAAAAAAAAAAUACACUGGGGCGUUGGGAGGGAAGUGUGUAGUCCAAAAAAUUGGGUUGGUGAUAAAAAAAAUGGGGGAAGUGAUUGAAUCUGAUGGGGUAGGUAUUUAACUGUAAUAAGAAGCAAAAUAUAAUAACUCAAGUGAGAGGGAGAGGGGCUUUAUCAAACUUUUAAUUUGGUUGUUACACAGGAGAAAAAAAGAGGCAAGCUAGAAUUACAGAGAAAUGCAAAGAAGAAACAGUGAUGCAUCCAGAAGGUUUCAAAGAGAGACCUGCAAAAAACAAGUCUUCGUGCAGCAAUGCACUUAUUGGGGAGGGUGUGCUAGACAUGUCACUACACUGCACAAAGGCAAAAUCUGGGAUUUUUUACCUAAACCACAUCUACUAGUUCUUGUAACAUGCAUUAGAUAUAUGUGCAUCUUGGAGCUCUUUCAUCUUAAUAUGCAAAUGAUGAUCAUUAUGUAGAUAGCUAUAUAUUCAACUUGCAGUUUCUUUGGUUCAUUUCAGCUAGUGGGGUUUCAUGUGCGUAAAUGAGAACUGAAUUAGACCCUUCCUUUCAGAGCUAAGUCUGUGGUGAGGAGCUGGUCUCCUUACUGAUUUACUGUAUCUGUAUCACUUCUUGUCAAUAGUUUCCCUGUUACAGGGAAGAUGAGUAGGGCCAUGCAGAAGACUUGGAUCAAAAAGGAGUAUAGCAAAGAUACAGCAGGCAGAUGCUUUCUUCAUGGUACAGCAUUGCUGUAUAAGUAUUGUUCAGUGAUACAAAAGCUUCCUUUAAAAAGUAAUUACCUAUAGCACCAUUUCUGAACAAAAAUAUACAAAUUUCAGAACAAUAAUAUACAAAUUUCAGAGAAUGGAAAAUCUGUUUUCCUUGAUAAAUUGUUAACUGCAAACUGAAUGCAAACUUUGGAUGGCAUAGAGAUCUUAAGAAAAACCUGAUAACAAAACUCAAAAAUGCUUCUUUUCCUGGUUACAAAAUGAUGUAUAUGCCCAAAUUAUUUGUAGCUAUAGACAUAAAUGGGUUGCUCAACACUAGUUGCACUAGCACUUAAGGUUGCAAUUACAUGCUGGUUUAGAUUUAUUAUAUAUAUGACAUGGUACUUGAAAGCUGAAGAAAAUACUAAUAUAGAUUUGUACAAAAAAAGUCUAAAAUCAAUAUCUAUAUUUAAAAUAUAUUUACUAUUUAUUUAUUUAUUUUCAUGGGAAUAAUGUAAUGCAAUUACCUUUAAAGACAGAUUGUGAAUACCAGUACGUCAAAAGUUGCAGUUAGGGUGAAAAAGCUGACCUACAUGCACUGCCAAACAAUGCAGUCUCUUGUCCUGCAUUCUCAGCUGGAGGAGAUUACAAUUUAUUUUUAAAGCCUAAUGGAUUAAAGUUCCCAUUUCAUUUCAGUGAGCCUUGAGCAGGCUAUAAAUUGGAGCCAGGUCUUGCAAUCCUUCUGCAUUUUAGUGUAGUAAUCCCAUUCCUACUCUGACUGCUGUUAUUUUAAUGAGAUGGCUUACAUUGUUAUGAGCUGCACGUGAGGUUUUCUGCUAUUUUGUCUUGCACUGUGCAGCUCUAAUUAUUUAAUCAUAGAAGUAGCUGCAUUCCAUUGGUGGAAAAAGCAAUGCAGCUCUUUAUCAGUUUGUCAAGAAUUUAGGGAUUUUUUUGUGAAUGGAAAUGUUAAAAUUCUACACGCAGUUGUUAUGUGUUUAUUACUUGCAGGGUAAAAAGUCUUUUAAGAAAGCUAUUACUGUCACUUACUUUGUUACUCUGAGCGAUUAUAGGUGUACACAUGGAAGUAUGUAUUUCACAAGGAGGUAUACACUUGAGGCUAAGUGAAAAAUUCAGUGGAGAUGUGCACGCGCUCUGCACAGCCUGGUUGAAAUGGUCCUGUUAGAUCAGAGCAAAGACAGCUGUCAGUAGUGAAGAUCCUACUUAGACUAGGAUUCUUCUCUAGUUGCUUCCUGUAAUGCAGGUGUCUAAUAUAUUCCAUAACUGGAAACCUUUUAAACAAAUGUUUAAGAAUGGUAAAACUUGGCUGAUCCACUUUUUCACCAUGGUAGUAGCUUUUCAGUCUCAAUAUUUAUUAUAGGGUAAUGUCACUCAGCUAAAACAUAGGUAAGUAACAACACUUGUGCCAUAGCAUUUAGGUAGGUACUGUAACUAUUUUCUGUCUUAAUGUAAGACAGAGAAAUAGGUUCUGCUAUGAUCUAGACUCAAGCUGUUGCAAUCCUUUUAUUUAGAGACGCAAACAUAUAACAAAAACACCUAGAAUUUUGAUAAAUACACCACCCAGACAACGCCACACUUAAGCCUUAAUAGAAUUUAUCUAUAUCAGAAUAGUUAUCAUGAAAUUUUGAUUUUGUCCCCAGUGCCUACUUCUUAAUUAUCAGUGGGCCACAACAUUUAAUUGUUUCCAGUUAGUUAUUUCUCAGAAGAUGCUUGAAGGAGAUCUUUGCCAAAACCUCAAUAAACAUAGAGCACAAUAAAUCAGUACAGUAAUUUAGAUCCUAACAAACCAAGUCAUGAAUGCUGAUACGGUAAUAUAUACUGCAUAUAUGUUAAAAUUUGCCAUAAUAGCAGUAGAUAAAAUAACACUAUUUUCUUAUGCUAAACUUCCAACAGUCAUGUUUGCAUUUAUCUUUUAAUAUAUUUUUUCAUAAUGGCAGGAAAUAUAGAUUAGGAACUUGGUGUCAGUUUUCUAGUGGUUUUCCCUCUGUGUUUCUUUCUAAAAUUUAUUCCUUCUGAUGUACAUUCAGAAGAGACUGAUAAGCUCUGUGUUGUGUUCAACAGCACCCACAAAACAAAUCUCUCUCUGCAACUAUUCUUCACAUAUGAAACCAUGCAUGUGGCUUCUUUUGAUACUAAUCCUGUGAGAAAGAAAAUAGUUAUUUGAGUGCUGGUCUAUCCAACAAUGAGAAAAUCCGUGCAACCACACAAAAAUCUAGGUCCCAAAUGUCUUUCUGCAAGUUAUAUGAGUUCAGCACUGAUGAGGGCAGGGGCAGCAAACUCUUUUUACUGACACUUAAGAUCAGUAGCAUAAACAUCCAGUCUCAUGGGAUACAUCUUGUAAAAUCACGGAACAUAAUUAUCUAUCUUGCUUGUCAGACAUGGCAAUUUGAGCUCAUUCUCAGAGCUUUGUGUCUUUUCAUACCUGACCUAGCCAAGUUAAAGUGGCCGUAGUGACAGCUUCUGAACACAGCGUAAACAUACCACAGGGCUCCUCUGAAAAAUGUCUGUUGUUAAAUGAGCAGGGGUUUUUUUCAUCUUUUUCUUCCUCUUAAUUGUCUUAUCUGCUUUUUGUUUCUCCUUUGUGCUAUAUAUGCUGUUACAUACAUGCUGUUGCAACUUUUAUUUGUUGCUUUUAAGACAUUGACAGGAAAGCAGCCUGAACAGAGCCAUCAACGCUUUUCAGUGUAAUAAAAAUCCAGAAUCCUUUGUGUUCCCUCCUUACUGCUUCAAGAAAUUGAUCGUGGAAUCCUUACUAGAUAUGCUUAGCAGGAUGCUGUCUCCUCCUGCUCCUGAAUCAGGCCCUAACAGACUGAAAAAUUAUUCCUGAACAGAUUCUGCUAUGGUGCUGUGACAAAAGACUGUGUUAUCAGAAACUUGAGAAGCCUCUUUCAAAGUGUAAAACACAAGAUCCUACAUCAAGUUUGAAUAUUAGUUUCUUGACUGUGUUUAGUUUUUAAAGUGUAAGCAAUAGGAAUUUAAGUGAUAAUAGUUAUUUCUGGUUAUGCUGUUAAAGCAGAGAGGAUGCAUUGUGUGGGUAUUGGUGCUUAUUUGUGAUGUACCUGUGUUUGUGUGGUGCUGUUUGUGAGCAAAUCUGUAGAUUACAAAUUGGUGUAAGUAGCUAUAUGCUAUUCAUGACUUUCAAUAGGUCAUCUGUAGAUUACUAUCACGGAACAAUUUUGAGAGAAACUACAUCUGUAAUGUCCAGUUUUAGUGCUCUCGGGAUUCAUAGAGUCAGAUGCAACGUGUCUCAUCAGCAGUACAGUUCUAGCAAAUAUAUCUUCAUUUUUUUCUGCUACUCACAACUUCUCUGCAUGAUAACGUAUUUGGUUUGUGCCACUGCUUUCAAUAUGUGCUUUGUUUGCAUCGUUGUUUCCUUCAGUUUCCCUGCCUUUCUUCCCAACCCAUGAAUAACUUCAGAAGACUGAAGCAGCAGCCCAAGUCUUUUGUUCUUGAAAAUAAGAUUGAUUCAUUUUGCUUAAGAGGGGUGUUCCACUUAUUUGCAUUACAUUAUUUUGCACUCCCAGGUGGUUUCUUCUCACCGACUUUGCCAUUUCCUACCUGCUAAUGAAAAAUCAUUAUACUGUAUAUCAACUGUUACUGAUGUUUUAAAAACCAAGAGAGACUUUCUCGGGAGCAUGUGCACUUCUCUAGCAUCUCAAUUCAAUUAAGACAAUCAAAACCAAGUGAAAUGGUUAAACAUCCCAAAAUACACCUUUAAAUAGUUCUGGGAAACAUGCACAAACAAAUGCAGGUGAAGUGGUCACCCUUUUUGCUACUCUGCAAUUAAGUAAUGCCAUUUUGAUGUUCUAAUAAUAAUUAUACGGACAUGUAGAGAAUAUGAUAACAAUACUGAUCAGUCUUAAAAAUACUGUGGAAAAAAGUAGGUUUCUGCUGUAUUCAGAUACAUGAAGGUGCAAUGUGUGCAAAUGGAAACUUUCAUAAUCAAGUUUUUGUACUUAUAUCAUUCUCUAUGUAUACAGUUAACAGCAUCUGCCAACAUGUUGCAUGUUUUAUGCAAACCAUGACCUAUUUUAGCAUAUGCAUGCAUUUUGAGAAUAUAUCCUUGUUACUUGGACCUGUAAUCCAUGGACAGAGUUUAUCUCUGAAGUCUGACAAGUAAAUCUCAGGUGUGGUAAUCUUCUCCUAUAUACCUUGAAUACUCACUGGCAUGAGUGCAUAUUCUAAUCUGUAGGAAGAUUAAUAUAUCAGGAAUAAGAAUUGCCCUGUAGAUUUUAAAGAGUAAUUUUUCUGUGAAAAGCUACACUGAUGAGCAAUUGCUGGCUGACAACACAGUCUAGAUUGCUCUGAAAAGACAUUUCCGUUUAUAUGAGUACGUCCUGGACUAAAGUAGUAAGCAGCAGAAAGCUAAAUUGAAAAGAAAUGAGAGAACAAGGAAAUAUCACAUUGCUGAGGGAACAACAUACUUCAAAGCCAUAAGCCAAAAAUGCUCAGGGCCCACAAAACAAUACAGCAAUUUAGAGAUGUUAAUAGACAUUUUCCAAGAGAAUAGCACAGUUUGCUCCAUUCCACAGAUAGUGAUACAGUGUACAGGGUUUAGCCGCCUUGAACAGCUCUUCAUUGCCAUUAUAGCAAAGUCAUCCUAUGCUGGAAAAAGGCUGCAUAUGAAGGAGUUGCCUGUAGCUGAACCUACUGCUUACUCCUAUCAUUUAAUGGAAUAAAAGUGGUAUACACUAUCAGUGGCUAGGCAGUUUAAAAAAUAGGUUAAAAAAGCCAACAUGCACCAAUUUUUUGACCUGCCUUUGAGCCAUUGAGCCUCCUGACUAAUGAGUAUUGUCACUGUUGGUCCCGUAUCCUGUAUAUUUAACAUUUUACAUCAUGCUCUGAAAAAGUCAAUUUAUAAAUAGCAAUCUGCUUGAAAACACACAAUGUCAUUUGUUUUUAAUGUUAACAAGGGAGUCCCCUGACUUUUUUUCAUUGCAUGACUCAAAGAGAAGGGUGCCAACUAGAAUGGCAGAAAAUUCAUUAAAAACUUAUUUUGCCUAGCCGUAUAAUGAGAUUUGAAUCAAAGAUACUUUAUAAUGCAGUGAGUAACAGCACUGCAUAACUAUACAUGCAUACAAUUAAUGUAGAAGUCCUGACAUCAGUUACAUCCCAUACUGAAUAGAAAACAAAUCCUAUUCAGACUUUUAUUUCUACUUUAUAUAGAAGAGAAAGGCUGUCUGAUCAAAAAUUGAACUGCUUCGGUCUUCAUUAACAUGACCACACAUGAAAAAAGAAAGAUUUCCUCUAACAAUGGUCUGAUUUUACCACUGAUUUGGCCUCCUUUGCUCAUUUUAAGGGCCUAACAUGCCACCUGCAGAUGUCAGUGGUGAAUAUCUACUUGAUUUCAGGGAUGUGAUGUUAGGACCUUCCACAAGUGUGAGACAGGCAAAACCACAUAAUUCUGGGCUCUAAGCUCACAAUUUUUUCUCUGUGCAGGAGUCCUGUGGAAUGAGUAAGGCUUGGUCCUAUAGUUAGAGGGAAGCAGAGGCGUUUGCAUAUGCAGGGCCUUUUUUUAUAACGGUUUUAUUCCCAUUUUCCCCUCAAUAUAUCUGCAAUAUACACAAAUGUCAAUACUAAUAAAAAGUUAAGGGAACUUAAAUGGUAUUACUAAGAAAGGGUGUUAUUUUAUGUCUAGUUUGUGUUGGUGAUGCUUGAUUAUUCAAUAUAUUCUAACAUAUGGUGUUUGUUUGUUGAGUACAUGCUGCACCCUAGAUUGGUUUCUCAGUGUAAUAGCCAUUGGCAGCCAUAAUAUGGUACAGGCCCUAUAGAAUCAAGAUUGAUUUGAUUCUUUAGAAAUGCACCUUAUCGUUUAAAAGCAGGAUCCCUGCUCUUCUGAUGUUUUAAACACUGUGAUCUUUCAGAAUGUGUUUAUUGUAUUAGUUUUGUAUUGUAGAUUAUGAUAGAAACUAGAUUUUAUAGCUUUUUAAAAGCAGUGAUAAUACUAAGCUUCACAAUGGCAGGACAAAUUCUGUGUAUAUCUGUAUUAUGAAUAUUAAAGCUGUGAUUCUAUUUUGCCUUAAGUAAAAGCCCAACCUUAAACAGU